CACAUCUCCAGCUCAACUUCCCAGAAAGGAAAACAGCUAAAUUUCAUCUGUACUGUGUGGAAUAUGAAAGAAGAGGCUGAGGGAUUUAUAGUGUUGUGCAAGGACAGUAUUAGUGACUACUCCCCUGAGACUAGCUUGGAGCAGCUGACACUUAAAUCAGAUCCUGGGCCAGAUGGUGUCAGUGGGAGAUGACUGCAGUUGGUGUUCACCAUAAACCAAGCCACACCCUUGGACAGUGGGACCUACCAGUGUGGUACCAGAGCCAGAAGCCAGAAGGCAGAUAUCUACCUUCAGGGCCAUUUUUUCUCCAUUUUAGUGAGCUGCUGA